AUGAGGGGAGUGAAUGGAGAGAUGAGAGGAGUGAACAAUACUUUUGAGACCAUAAACGCUGCUGCGAAUGCGAUCGCUAUGGCUGAGAAUCGUGUGCGUCAAGCUUCAGUUCAGAAAAGGAGAUGGGGAAGUUGGUUGAACGUAUAUUGGUGUUUUGGAUCUCACAAACACAACAAACGAAUUGGGCAUGCUGUCCUUGUUCCUGAAACAACAGCCGCAGGAGGAGAGGUCCCUGCACCUCAAAAUCAGGCCCAAGCACCUUCCAUAGUGCUUCCCUUCAUCGCACCUCCAUCCUCUCCUGCAUCUUUUCUUCAGUCAGAGCCGCCUUCUGCUGCCCAAUCACCAUCUGGUUUACUGUCCCUCACCUCUAUAUCUGCCAGCAUGUACUCCCCCAGUGGGCCUGCCAACAUUUUUGCUAUUGGCCCUUACGCCCACGAGACACAGUUAGUGUCACCGCCAGUGUUCUCAACUUUCACCACCGAACCAUCAACUGCUCCCUUCACUCCUCCUCCGGAGUCUGUACACUUGACUACACCCUCCUCGCCUGAGGUGCCCUUUGCUCGGCUUCUUGACCCCAGUAACCAAAAUGGUGAAGUUGGUCUGAGUUUCCCAUUCCCUUUAACACACCAAGAAUUUCAAUCCUAUCAAUUAUACCCUGGAAGCCCAGUCAGUCAUUUAAUUUCACCUGGCUCAGGCAUCUCUGCUUCAGGCACCUCAUCUCCUUUUCCUGACAGUGAGUUUGCUCCUGGUCAUCCCCACUUCCUUGAGUUUCGUACUGGUGAGCUUCCCAAGCUUUUGAAUCUUGACAAGCUGUCUCCCCAUCAAUGGGGAUCACGGCAAGGAUCUGGUACUUUGACCCCAGAUGCCGUGGGGCCUAGAUCUCGUGACAAUUUUCUCUUGGAUCGUCCGAAUUCUGAUGUUGCUCCUCUCACAAAUCUAUUCAAUGAAUUGCGGAAUUAUGAAACUGUAGUUGAUCAUAGAGUUUCAUUUGAGAUAACUUCAGAAGCAAUCAGAUGCGUGGAAAACAAACCGGCAACAUUGCUCAAGGCUGCAUCAGUAUCUCUGGAGAAUACAGAACAUUCUGCCAAAGGAGUAAAAAAUUUGAUUGACACAGCAAAUGGUCAUGAAUGCCGUGCUGGAGAAACAUCAGACAACUUAUCAGAAAAAGCUUCUGCAGAUGGGGAGGGUAGACAGCAGCAGCAGCAUCAAAAGCACCGGUCGCCCACUCUUGGGUCUGUCAAGGAAUUCAACUUCGACAAUGCAGAUGGUGGAAACUCUGAUCAGACUAAUAGUGGCUCUGACUGGUGGGCCAAUGAGAAGGUUCCUGGGAAGGGUGUUGAGCCAUGCAAGAACUGGUCCUUCUUUCCGGUGAUGCAGACAGGUGUCAGCUAGCUGUUAUGCAUCCCUUUGGCGCUUUUAUGCAGCGCUGUAGGGGUAUUCACGGCUUCGCCUGAACAUUCUGAAUUCUGAACCCUCCCAUCGCUGACUAUUUCAGAGGUAUGAAGCCAAAUGGUAACAGGUUUUGUUCAUUUUGGAUGAAGGGAGGGUUGCAUACAUGAAGUCUAUUUUUUUUAGCACUUCCUGAGAUUAAAAAAGGAGACAGAUGAAACUCUAUUACUAGGAUUAACAUCAAUAGCGUACUGUUUUCCCUGUUUAUUGUCGAAACAAAUGAAGUAACACCGUCUAAGUGAUGCCUGUGUGCCUUCCAUAUGUAAUAUAAAUAGUAGAUAGAUAGAACAGUGGUAACAUUAUGCUGGUAAAUUGCUGAUGAUUACGAGAAAGUUGAACUUGUACAUGAAUGCUAUUGGUGUCUCUCAUGUAACACACCAAGUAUUGGCGUUCUUCUGGUCCAGGAUUAAAGGUGGUUCUAGUCCAGGAUUAAAGGGAGUCGACGAGAGAGGUGACAUUUUGGUAAGAGUAAUGUUAUUUAGGCCUAAAAAUUUGAUAGUAAUUGACAAUAUUUGUGUGUGUG